UUAUUGCUUUCCGCCCCCUUCACGUCUCGCAAGCAAUCCGCUCACCCUCCCCCAUCGAACACCAGCUUUCAAGCGGCCUGGUCUUUCGUGCAUGCCUCCUCCCGAACAGCUCCUCCCAAAGCCCGCAAGCCCUCCUGUGAGACCAGAGCUUGCCAUCGCCUCCGACCAUGACCCCGCCAUGAGCGCUCAAAAGCUCGUGGACCCGCCAAGCACUUCGCCGACCAUCGCUACUGUCCUAUCCGAGUUGGAGCAGGUCGAAACCCAAGCCAAAGAUAAGGAUGGCGACACCGAGGACGGCAUUCCAGGGCCUAGGUCCCUAGGUGACCCAGUUGUCCCAGACCGGACCCAGGACACCCCGCCACUCCCUACCGAGGACGAGGUUUCGAGAGACGAAGAUGUCGCCACCGACCCCCCGGUCGACCCUAUGGAAUCCUCCGUCGCGACCCUGAAGCCUACGAAACCACAGUACUUGACCAUCACGCCCGCUCCCUACGUCGACCCCACCCCCCCGACGCCGGACGGCUCCCAACCGCCAUCGAGGAACAGCUCCACCUAUCGCCCGAAGGGAUACGGCACAGAACCCUCGCCGACCCGAUCCGAUGCCGGAUAUGACGAGAAGCGUUACACGAGCGAGGACGAGCAAGACGGGACCUCUCGGUCCGAGAUCCAGAGUAUCAUGGAGCAAUUCCCCGAGGACGGUGGUGGUCCCGGGGAAGACGAAGUUAUGAGUCCGCGACUCGAGAUUACCUCUCCACUCCUCGGUAGCCCUCCUAUACAGCAUCCGCCGAGGAAGUCCAGCCUCGAACCCCUUGCCCCCAGUAUUGCACAGCAGCUCGACGACAUGCAGGGUCUGGGACUCUCGCACGCGUCGCCCGCAAGUUCGCGAUCCAAGGAUAAGCAAAAGGCGCCCGAAGACUAUGGCCCGCCCGUUCCACCCAAGGAUGGGCCGUCUGAUGAGAGAUCACCUGCUGUCGAUUCCCCGGCCUCAUCCGCCACCACUCUACAUCGACCACCACCGCCCGAACCCGAGCCCGAACCGGCCCUUCCGUUUGACUUUCAUCGGUUUUUGGAGCAGCUCAAGCAUAAGAAAGCUGAUCCCGUCGCGCGAUAUCUCAAAUCCUUCUUAUCGGAGUUCGCGAAGCGGCAGUGGAUGGUCCACGAACAAGUCAAGAUCAUCAGCGACUUUCUUGCCUUCAUAGCCAACAAAAUGGCCCAGUGCGAGGUAUGGAGCGAAGUUUCCGAUGCCGAGUUCGACAAUGCCCGCGAAGGCAUGGAGAAGCUCGUCAUGAACCGGCUCUACUCGCAGACUUUCUCUCCGGCAAUCCCUCCUCCUCAGCCCAUCCCGGGCGCGAAACCGAGACGUCGUGGAGGCGAGCGACCAAUGGGACCCGGACGACGUGGGCAACACCAAGAAGAUGUGGAGAGGGACGGGAUUGUGGCACAGAAGAUAAGCAUAUACAGCUGGGUCCGAGAGGAGCAUCUGGAUAUCCCAGCCAUUAACGAUAGUGGCAGGAAAUUCCUUGCCCUAGCCCGACAGGAACUACUAAAAAUAAAAUCCUACCGUGCUCCCCGGGACAAGAUCAUUUGUGUCCUAAAUUGCUGCAAAGUCAUAUUCGGACUUCUCAAGCAUAAUAAAUCAGACUCGUCGGCUGAUUCUUUCAUGCCAUUCCUUAUAUUCGUCGUUUUAAGGUCAAAUCCCGACCAUCUAGUCUCCAAUGUCCAGUAUAUCCUGCGAUUCCGCAACCAAGAAAAGCUUGCGGGAGAGGCGGGGUACUACCUCUCGUCCCUCAUGGGCGCCAUACAAUUCGUCGAGAAUAUGGACCGGACUAGCCUGACCAUUUCCGACGACGAAUUCGAGCAGAACGUAGAAGCGGCCGUGUCUGCCAUCGCGGAAAAACACCGGGCGGAAGAGCCUCCUUUGCCGCCGCCUCCGCAGUCCGAAAAGUCUGCUCUAUAUCCACCGGCAACCUCUUCGACGCGUUCGUCCUUCGACUUGGAUGGGUCGAGCACGCCUCGUCGAUCUACGUCCUCCAACGAUAGCAACGAUUCAAGCGAAGAGGGGCCCGCAAUCUCUGGAUUGCUCCGUUCGAUUCAAAGACCGCUGUCAUCCAUUGGCCGCAUAUUUGCGGAAGACCCAAGCAAUGCCGGUCCGAGCUCCUCCACGCGCGCUCCUCAGACGGAGCCUGCGUCGUCGCGCCGUACUUCAGGACUCGGCCCGCUGCCUAGUCCGCGACCUAGCAGCGACGGGCGUCCUUUGGCGGAUACGCACCGGCGAUUGUCAGCUGAAGAAGCCGCGGCAAGGCAAGCGAGCGCCGAAGUCGCGGAGGCUCAGAGGAUACACCGAGCAGAGCAUCACAACAUCGUAGAAACCCUCGCCGGGAUGUUCCCAGACCUAGAUCGAGACGUGAUCAGUGAUGUCGUCUACCAGAAGGAGGGAAGGUCAGUUCUCUCUCCCUCGUGCCUAAUCCCAGCGCUUUCAACUGACGUGUCCGCUCCGUAGGGUUGGCCUCGCGGUUGAUGCCUGUCUUGCGUUGAGUGCGUAGUCGUAUUCAAGCCGCGAAUCCCAGCUUUCCAUGGGAUUCCGUCUCGAAGGCACCAUUCCUAAACGGCUUCACCUUGCAGCGAGGGAGGAUAAGGCCGUCCGAGGCAUCACGAUCGAUCGACGGAGCGAGCGACCGAUCCGUGGUAGGCUCGUACUCAUUGAAAUAAACCUCUAGAAUACCUCGCAUCCUCGAUGCAUCGCUCUCAACGUAGCUCGCUUUUCGUACCGGGGUAGGAAGUUGAAG